AUGCUUAUCUACAAGGAUAUCCUCACCGGUGACGAGCUCAUCUCCGACUCCUACGAUCUCAAGGAGGUCGAUGGCAUCGUCUACGAGGCCGACUGUGCCAUGAUCGAGGAGGGAGGUCUUAACGUCGAUAUCGGUGCCAACGCUUCCGCCGAGGAGGCUGCCGAGGAUCUCGAUGACCAGGUCACCAAGGUCAACAACAUCGUCAGCUCUUUCCGUCUCCAGGAGACCUCUUUCGACAAGAAGAGCUACCUCACCUACCUCAAGGGUUACAUGAAGGCUGUCAAGGCUGCUCUCCAGGAGAAGGGUGCUCCCGCCGAGGAGAUCACUGCCUUCGAGAAGGGUGCCCAGAACUAUGUCAAGAACGUCAUCCUUGCCAAGUUCAAGGACUUCGAGUUCCUUACUGGCGAGUCCAUGAACCCCGACGGAAUGGUUGUCCUCCUCAACUACCGUGAUGAUGGUGUCACUCCUUACAUCACCGUCUGGAAGCACGGUCUCACUGAGAUGAAGGUCUAA